AAGGCAGUGAGAUUUGUAUUAGUAUUGUAGAAAUGAAGUCCAUUCUCUCUCUCUUAUCUGUUCUGUUGGUUCCAGAGCUCUGUUCAGGUCAGUGGUGCUACCAGAGCCAGUUUUCCUGUCACAACACAUGCAGAGGGCCUUCAGAGUGGAAGGAUAAUUUUCCUAAUUGCGGAGGUCAGAGACAAUCGCCCAUCAAUAUCGUCACACGCAAAGUGAAGCAUGACUCAAAACUGACCAGUUUUAUCUUUGAGGGCCACGAGAAGGUUUUCAAUAUGAGUGUGGAAAAUCAUGGACAUUCAGCUCACUUCACCCUCCCUCAAUCUGUGCGUCUCCGUGGAGGGGGUCUGCCAGCCACAUACAAGGCCCUCCAGUUCCACCUGCACUGGGGAAAGAACGGCGACCAGGGCUCAGAGCACUCUGUGGAUGGGGAGCAUUAUCCCAUGGAGCUCCAUAUUGUUCACAUUAAAGAAAAGUAUGGCAGUUUGGGAGAGGCUCUAAAUGACUCUACAGGGGUGGCAGCACUUGCAUUCUUUUUUAAGGUGACUUCUGACCAAAACAAACAGCUGGACAGAGUCAUAGAGGCUUUAGGAAAAGUCCGAUAUGAAGGGAACAGCAGUGAAAUUGAAGACUUUAAACUGACCGAGAUCAUCCCUCAAGCCAAUAAACUGAGCUACUAUCGGUACUCAGGUUCCUUGACCACACCAGGCUGUGACCAGGCCGUUGUGUGGACGGUCUUCCAACAGACUCUGCCCAUAAGCAAAAGUCAGCUGAUGUCAAUGGAUGAACAGCUGUUAUUCGGAACAGAAAAACCAAUGACUGGAGUAUUCCGUCCUGUGCAGAAUCUGAAUGGACGAGUUGUGUACACAUCUGUGCCAGCUCACAGUCUGUGUGUCCUGCCCAAUCUAAUCACACUGUUUCUGUGCCUCUUUUGUGUUUUUGGACAACAAAGGUGUUUUCGCUGAAUGGUAUAGAUCAAAUCUCUUUUAACAAAAGAUGUUCCAUAUUGAACUUCCAGUUGGUAUGGAUCUCUGCCACUGUGCUAAAGCGGAGAAACUAGACAAUGGAGAAGAGAUUUCUUAGUUAUUUUCUGUAUUCACAACUAUUAAUUGUCUCAUUGGUACCUCCUAUCAUGUCUUCUGAUAUUCUCUUUUAGUUGUGGCAGCUUUAUCUGGCUUUGAUCAUUUCAGGAUUCUCAUCUGUUUUCCAUUACUUGUUCAUGAUUACUACAUUUAAAGUGUUUUAAAAUCUUUUUGUAUAUAUUUCUGGGAAGGAUUUCCAUUCAUAUUUAUAUGUACCAAUAAUUAUACUUGUAUAUAAGUUUUCAAAAAUAUAAAACAGCUUGAGAUUUGAAUGUGGCCCAUUUGAAGCUUUCUGAUCCUCCACUAAGAUUAUUUCACUAUGUAAAUUUCAAUGACUUUUCCAUUACUUGAAACAUUUUCUAAGAUUUUCAUGAUUUACCAGGCCAGGAAAUGCCCAUUUUUAAUGUUGUUUAAUGUUCUUAUGUUUCUCCCGUAAUUGAAAUGUUGAUUAAACUUGAUACAAACAUGUAAAACAAAUUGUGUACAUAUGCAGGGCAUGUGGAGUUGGGUCAUUUGAUGAUGCUAAAAAUAAUAUUAUUUGGUGUAUUUGGUGUAAUGCAAUGUAUUUACGUGGUUUAAGGUUCAAUAAACACAUUUUCCACAUACCGUA